CUCUCUGACUGUUGUCUAUCUGAUGGCACUGGUACCAGGAGUCAUGACAGUUCGCGUAAACCACCUGACAAAUACGAUCAUGCUGGCUGUAAUCCAGACAGGGGAACGUUGGGCAAAUGUGAAUAAACUUUGAAUUUGGGUAUCUAGGGACUUCCCUCUGGCUUCUGCAGCUUUUGGACCUCCCCUACAGAGAUAGUAUAAAUACAGUUAAAGGUGAAGGAGGAACAUAUACGGUUGAGGAGUAUUCUUCACAAAACCUCUGCAAAAUGGCAACACCAAAUCUACAACGGCCAAUGGCCUUACCUGUUAGACUCCAGCAUUGCCUCAGUGGAGACCCUCCGAUCCCUGUUCUGUACGAUCUAACAUUCCUGAACGCAACUCACGCCUCUCUGCUUGCUGUCAAAGACCCUGAAUCGACCCGAGCCUCCCAUUUCACUGUCACCGUGCUCAACGGAUCAGAUGGCAAAAGAGUCCCAUUGGUCCUCAAGAGCACAGACACCAUCGGCAAACUUCAGAAGAGUUUCCUACAGAAGCGGCCUGACCUGACGGGAAGCCUGAACCUCGCCUACAACGGCAAGCCCGUCCAAGGGCACCAAAGCCUGGGAGAGCUAGGGGUGAAGGAUGGGGCUACUUUCAUCACCUUUCAGAGGUGUCAUGGAGGGUAGACGUGGAGCAAUAGAUGUGGAGGAGGGCUGUUUCCAUUCGUCUAUCCCUUGGUAUGAAAUAAUAUACAAAAAUAUAUGUUAAUGAAUUUGUGAUAUAUAAAGAAUAUUUGCAUUAGCCAUAUCAGGUGUUCUUUUUGCACAAUAUAGUAGAUUCUUUAUUGAUUAGAAUACAAACCAAAAUGAUGUUGUAGCCUACUGAGGGAUAAUUCACAGUGAAUAAUGUCAAACCAUUUCUGUCCUUUCUUUAUGUUAAAGUAACUGUCCAGUGUUUCCAUGCUUGUAUGAAAUAUGACCUAUCAUUACUUGCAAUAUGAGUGAAAUAGUUUUCCUUCCAAAAAUAGUAAUUAAGUAUGUUAAAAAGUAGCUUUUCUCUGUUGGAAUGGUGUGGGCGUACACCAACAACAGAAUGGAGUUGGUGUUAAUGCGAGUAGAUCGCUGAUUGGCCAACUCAUCCUCCUCAGGGUGAUCAUUUCUAUGAGGAAGUAGCAAGUGCUUUUUUAAACAGCCUGUUUGAGACAAGCUUGAGGUGGGGGUUUUAAAGUGUUUUUUAUCCAAUUUCUGCUUUGGCCACAAAUACAAGUAUAGGAUAAAUCAACAACAUUAUCUGGAUAUGAAUUCAGAGAAUAUGAACUUUUAAAAGUGUGAUUUUCACUGGGCAGUUACUUUAACUCCACCAGGCACAGCCAGAAGAGGACCACCCCUCAGAGCCUGGUUCCGCUCUAAGUUUCUCCCUGUCUUUCUAUGGAGUUUUUCAUAGCCACUGUGACAUCUGCUGAUUUAAAAAGGGCUUUAUAAAUACAUUUGAUUGAUUGACUGAUUUAACUGUCUUGUUUUGCUCUUGCCUGGUACUAGCUAAUGAAGUGAACUAUAAGCCAAUCAUUGUGACCAAUCAGUUAGUUCACCACGUUAAAUGUACCGUUUGUGAGGUUUUAUUGGUCAUUUUGAUAUGCCAUUGUUGUUUAACAGUAGGUAACGACUGUAUCUGAAAUAGCUUAGUACAAAUUUCUUACUUUAUUGUAACAAAAAAUAUUUUUUCACUUUAAUUAUGUUUUCAAUAACAACCAAAAAGGCUAUCCAAUGAGGAUGACGAACAAAAUAAAUAAUGUUUAAACAUA